UCUUCCAAAAUGGCGGACGAAGGAAGCCUUUUAACACGAAAGAUGUUUAAUAUUUUUCACAUGAAGCGGAGUUUUUGGAUAGAACAAAUCGAAAUGAUACUCUAACUGGUUUAUUUACAAGAUGGAAUCAGUCACGGAACAAGUUACCACGACAGAUUUGGGCUACGAAAUUCCUACUUGGGACAACUGGUCUCCACUUGCAAAAUUUUACCACCCUUUACAAGCUGGCAGCAUUGAUGGAACUGACACAGUGCCACAUGAUAAGGCAGUGAUCCGUGCGAUGCUUGCAAAAUAUAAGCCAAACAAAAGAGUAAAUGGUGAUCCAGACAGCACUUUAUUUGUUGGAAAAUUAAGCAAGGAUACUAGUGAAGGAACUGUGUACAAGAUAUUUGCAAAAUGUGGCGAGUUAACAAGAUGUAGACUUGUGAGAGAUGUUGUGACUGGAUUUUCAAAAGGAUAUGCAUUUGUGGAGUACAGAAGUGAGAGAGAUGCUAAUGUGGCCUGGAGGGAACUGCAAGGUAAAGAAGUAGAUGGCUGUACCAUAUUAGUAGAAUAUGAAGCCGCAAGAUCUCUUAAGGGCUGGAUCCCAAGACGUCUGGGAGGUGGCUUUGGAGGAAAGAAAGAAUCGGGACAACUGAGGUUCGGAGGAAGGGAUCGUCUCUUCAGAAGACCAAUUCCAACACAACAAGUUGGAAACCAACACAAGUUUUUACGGGGUUCGCGAGACCACGAGGGAAAUCGCGGUUCACGUGAUAAUCCCCGUGACACUUAUCGUGAACGAAAGAGCGACAACGUUCGUGAGAAUUAUUAUCACCGUGAGCGUGAACGUGAUCGAGAUGGAUCUCGUGACAAACGUGAACGUAACAAAGAAAGCUCUCGAGGCAGUUCUUACUUUCAUGAUCGCGAGGGUGAUACUGAAGGAAAGCGAUACCGUGAGCGUGACAGUGACAGAUCGCGGGAUCGUUACAAAGACCGUGAUCGUUAUGGAGACAGUGAGAGGUCUCGCAAUAAAGAAAAACAUAGUCACCGUGAAAAACGAAGAGAAAGUUAUGAGACUGGUGAUAAGAGAAGAUACGAACAAGAAGACGGGCAAAUGUGGUAGAGUGUAGAUCAAAGCAACUUCAUUCAGCUGUCGAGUCAUCUAUUUGUUCUCACUGAAAGAUACGCCUUGUAAUUCUACGGAAGGGCAGCACAAAUUUGAAUUAACCUUUCAACUAACGCUAGGAAGGUGAUUCGGUUGUCGAGGAAGAUGAGAAUAUCACAACGUCAAUGAUAUACGAGGUUAUUCUGCCACUCAAAGCAGUUAGUUUCUUUUGUAAAGAAGACAGAGAGCAGAAAGCUUCUCGCAACUUUAGAAUUUCAAUAGGACAUCCCGAUCAUUUUGUGGAUUGACUUCACGGAUCUUCUUGAGUAAUGAUGAAAAAUGCCGUAUAUAAGAAAAAAAGGCUGCAGCUAUCGGAAUACUCAAGUUAUUCUGUUCAGAAUCUUAAAGUGACCUAACAGUGAUACCCCAAAGUAAUUCAGUUGAGUCCUACAGACAAAUAAAAAAGUUAAGACUUUUACUAUA